UUGGUUGCAACCAAUUUGGGAUAUAAUACAUGUUUUCCGUUGCACAGGGAGCUUGACAUUAUCCAGAGUGUGUCUCAUGUUCUUUUAGUCCAUCUGUGAGAUUGACGGCUCUGCAGCUGAUUUCAAGUGGGAUCUUUCCUUUGAUGUGGGCAAAUGAAAGACAGUAUUGGACAUAUGGUAUGUAGUUUACUUAGUGUGGGUCCCAGUGAUGACUUUCACGGCCACAUAAACUAGAGCCGUGUAGUGUUGCUCACCAGUUCGUGGUGGCCUGUGACGUUCUCUGCUGUGAUCAUCGUUGGACAGGGACGGUGGAUAUGUGUACGGCAGAGGUUUAGCGGCAACAUUCUCGUGAAUUUGUAUGAAUGAACUCAGGGACAUUCUCAUUGAUAUGGCCGUCUGAUCUCUAACAGGGACUUUUCCGGUAUUGUGCGCGUCUGAACAGUGACUUUGACAGUUGAACUCCACAGUGAAUUUUCCAGGGAUGUGCUAUUCUGAACUCAAACACUGACAUUCCCUGUGAUGUGCUCGUCUGAACUCGAAUAUUGACAUUCCCUGUGAUGUGCCCGUCUGAACUCGAAUAUUGAGUUUCCCUGUGAUGUGCGCGUCUGAACUCGAAUAUUGAGUUUCCCUGUGACGUGCCUGUCUGAACUCGAAUAUUGACAUUCCCUGUGAUGUGCCCGUCUGAACUCGAAUAUUGACAUUCCCUGUGCUGUGCCCGUCUGAACUCGAAUAUUGACAUUCCCUGUGAUGUGCCUGUCUGAACUUGAAUAUUGACAUUCCCCGUGAUGUGCCUGUCUGAACUCGAAUAUUGACAUUCCCUGUGCUGUGCCCGUCUGAACUCGAAUAUUGACAUUCCCUGUGAUGUGCCCGUCUGAACUCGAAUAUUGACAUCUCCCUGUGAUGUGCCCGUCUGAACUCGAAUAUUGACUUUAUCUGUGAUGUGUCCGUCUGAACUCUAACAUUGACUUUCCCUGAGAAGUAUCAUUCUGAAAUCCAGCAGUGACGUCCCUUGUGAUGUGCCCGUCUGAACUUCAACAAUACCAUUCCCUCUGAUAUGUGCCUGUCUGAACUCCAUCCAACAUUGAUGUUCCCUCUGAUAUGUGCCUGUCUAAAUUCCCUCCAACAUUGAUGUUCCCUCUGAUAUGUGCCUGUCUGAACUCCCUCCAACAUUGAUGUUCCCUCUGAUAUGUGCCUGUCUGAACUCCCUCCAACAUUGAUGUUCCCUCUGAUAUGUGCCUGUCUGAACUCCCUCCAACAUUGAUGUUCCCUCUGAUAUGUGCCUGUCUGAACUCCCUCCAACAUUGAUGUUCCCUCUGAUAUGUGCCUGUCUGAACUCCGACAGGGUUCAGCUGUGGAACUUGCCCAAAAGAACCCUAAUUAACCCUUUAUGAAUAUUUGACCAUGAAAGCCAUGGCGAUGACGACUAUUAUCUGAAGCAGCGGUUUGAGUUCAGUCCAACGACUUUUUGGUUGCGAACUGACGAUGUUCCGUGUUUGUGUUUAUGCUGUUGACGUCAAGGGUGAGACAGGGAAUGCCAACCUCCACAUCAUCCUCCACGACGACUUUGGCGAAGCAUCAGAGAAGAUUACUUUACACGACAUCCUCAACGGCGACAUGACGCCAGGGUGUGGACAGAGGUUUGAGACAGACAUUAAUGUCAAGAAGAGCCUGUCCAGCGUACUGCGGAGACUGGAAUUGUGGCGGGACAAGGACAAGCAACUCACUCAGUGGUUUGUGGAGAAGUUAACAGUGAGUAGCGAACAGACGCAGUCCCUGUUCGUCUUCCCCGUGCUGAGAUGGUUGAAGGCGGAUACUCACCACCUGUUCAGGAACGCGGAUAUGUGUUGUCCACCUCAAGAUGAACAGCUGCUGGAACAGAGGCAGUUUGAGCUGGAGGAGACGAGGCAAGUCUACAUUGUCGGCGCAACGAAUACGUCACUUCCGGUCAAGGCUGCAGAGGUGCCGGACGAUGAAGUGUUUUCCAAUGAAUUCAAGAAUUCCCUUGACUUAGAGGGGGCGUUUGAGAAGCUGAACGACAGAUUGACGUGUUGGAGUACGGACAGUUGGGGCAGCAUCCGGGACAUCACAUGUCUCCAUCAGUCACUGGGCAUAGAGGAACCGCAGGGAGUCACACACUGGCAGGAAGACUGGUACUUCGGUCAGCAGCGUCUCUCUGGCUGUGACCCCACAUACAUCCGUCUGUGCACCCAAAUUCCGGACAAACUGGCUGUGACGGAAAGAAUGCUGCUCCCUAUGUUGGAGAACCAGGAUCUUGACCGUGUCGUCGGCGAGAAGAGGCUCUUCAUCAUCGACCAUUUCAUCCUUCACCAUCUUCAGCAGUACAAUGGACGUGUGGUGUGUGCCCCCAUUGCCUUGUUCUUCCUCAACUCAGCGAGACAGCUUGUUCCGAUCGCCAUACAACUGUUCCAAGACCCGGGGCUCAGGAACCCUGUGUUUUUCCCAACCGACCCCGGUGGUGUGUGGAGUCUGGCCAAGCAGUGGUUUAACAACGCUGAAGCUCAGAUCCACCAGGCCUUAACCCACUACACUGUGUGUCACUCACUGAUGGAAGGCAUUUGUGUCAUGACGCACCGCCACCUGGCGGAGAACCACCCCAUCUUCAAACUCCUCACACCGCACUUCCACCAACUCCUCGCCAGCAACAAGUUGUGUAGAGAGCAGAUCCUGCAGCCUGGCGGACCGAUGGACGCUGUGCUGAGCUGUGGGGCUGGGGGGAUGAACACCAUCAUUAGGAGGGGACUUCCGCUCUGGAGAAUGGAUGUCGAGGGCAGUUUACCUGAAGAUUUAAAAGCGCGAGGGGUCUUUGACAACAAUGUCCUCCCUGGCUACUACUACAGGGACGACGGUCUCCUCGUCUACAACGCCAUCGUCGCUUACAUCACGAAGUACAUCAACCUCUACUAUGAAUAUGAAGAAAAGAUCGGAGAAGAUUUUGAACUUCAGUCUUGGGCAUCAGAGCUGACGAAAUCCCGGGAAGAUGGGGGCUUAGGAAUAAACGGCGUCCCGGGUGAAGGUCGAAUUUCAACCUACGAACACCUGGUCAAGGUCACGGCGAGCGUCAUCUUCACGUGCACAGCUGGCCACGCAGCCGUGGGGGAUCGCACUACACGCGACCAGUACGCCUUCCCCCCUGCAUACCCAACCUUUAUGAGAGGGGCACCGCCUUCGGAGAAGAAAAGGCCAAACCGCAGGCAUAUUAUUUUGGCGUUAUGUCUUCAGGGGGAUCGAGAGGAGGAGGACAUGCUACAGACGCUACCAGACCAGCACCUGUCUGCACUAGCCUCCGUUCUGGCCUCGAACCUGUGCGGCGUGCCAACAUCGCGACUAGGAGAACCUCGUCUGCAGUAUAUCUCGGACCCUUCUGCCAUAGAUAUAUGUCUCAGGUUUCAAGAAGAACUGGAAGAGGCAAGUUAUCUGAUCAACUGGCGCAACAAGAAGCGUGUCUGUCCGUACACGUGUUUGAACCCCAAGUCUAUUCCAAACACACCGUUCUCGUAACACCUGGUUUAAGUUGCUCCAACUCGCUCCUGCCUCUACACGUGUCUGGAUAUCAAGACUUACCCAACACAUCCUUCUCGGAACGCUGGCCAUUAGAUACAGCCAUGCACUAACUCGCUCCUGCCUCGACAGGGUCACGUGCAACUAUGUCCGUAUCACGUGAAUAAGUAAACAUGUCAUCUGUAACGUGAAUCCUGUUAAUCUGGAACCUUGAAAGCAACAGACGGGGUAAACGAGUCUCAGUGAAAGAGAAAUAUGAAUCAUAAUAGACUCAAUAAUUUCUCAAGUUUUAGAUAUGUUCUAAUGAGGGGUACCCCUCCAACUCCCAAUGUAGAAAUGAUCAACACCUUGAAGAAAGCGAGGACCGCCAGUCUGUUGCUAAGGUGAUGCAAUGAAACAUGAAAGCGUUGCCAUUGUUAGGUUUUAGAUAAUUGAAAUCAUCUCAUUUUCGUUUUCUUGUUCAUUCAGGAACCAUAAACUGUCUUCAAUAAUAACUGCUUCCUAAUGUAUGGAGCCUGUGUGAUACACAUGGGGCGCAUAUGUGAUCCAUUCAUCUAAGGCGCCGCAAUUAGCUGUGCAGAGUUGCGUCCCUUAGGCACGCAAGAAACCUAUGAUUGUGGAUUCGAAACUGGGUUCACCGCGAUUAUGAUAUAACUUGAAUACUGUUAUAAGCGGCGUUAAACCCAACUCACUCACUCACUCACUAUGAUACAUAUGACUACUCUGUGUAUGAGUACAUUAAAACUCAUGA